CUCAAUUCUCUGAAGAAACCCUAAGGACUACCAUCUAAUGUGUUAAACGGAACCAAAAACUGAGUGUGAUUUUGGGCUGCCAAUUUCAAAUGUCUGCAGGUCGGGCAUGAGCAGUGAACUUGUUCUCCUUUCUCCGUUGAGAUCAAAGUCAGGUUCCGUGCUAGAGUGCUGUCAUGGGAGCAGAACAGCCAAAAGACUCAUUAAAAGAGAUGGAUUGGAAAAGUCUGGGUGGAGAAAGUAGGGAGCCUGGUCUUGAACCAGCUGUGAAGAAACGGCUUCCAAAAAAGAUUCGACAAGUUCCUGAUUAUUAUUUUCUCCCACGGAGAUCCUUACCAUAUUCCAUAGCCUUUUAUGGGUCAUUUAUUGCUGCCGGAGUGGGUGCAGGGAUGCUACUCGAAGUAUGGAUCAACAAGAAGGUCAAAGAGGAUGGAGGAGUCAUUUGGGAGUUUGACAAAUGAAUACUAGAUAAUGUUUGCAGAUCUUUCAUUUUGUUUUCCAAUGCACUUUCACGUCGAGUAGUUCACAUUGACCUGGACAGUUCAAAAGUUUGUAUACACGAUAAUACAGUAUUCCAUUUCUGUAUCUUUACAUUUGAGGAGAAGAGUGCAACACUCACUAAAUGUUGGAUUUCCAAAAUCCUACCGAAGUACUAUUUAGCCCCUGAUGAAUGGAAUAUGAGUAAAAAGAUUGUGUAUCUGGAAUGUAAGUAGAAAUGCUACAACUAAAACAUGCUGUAAUUGUUAGAAAGUUAUGAUUUUUGCCCUA